AUGAAAUUUGCCGAAAAACUGAAGCACCUAAAGGUGAAAUCAUGGGAUAACAAAUAUAUUAAUUAUAAAUUUUUAAAAAAAAUAAUAAAAAAAAAAAUAAAUCCAGAAAUAAAAGCCUUAUAUGAUAGAAUUGAUAAAAAUGAUGAACAAAUUCUUGAAGUUUGUAAACUAGUGAAUUUAGACAAUACACUAAUUAAUCAAAAAGAUAAAAAAAAAAAAAAUGAGAUCGAAAAUGAAGAAAUCGAUUACACAUAUUUAUUUUUUUAUGUUUUACAAAAUUAUAUUAAUAUGGUUAAAGAACAUUAUGAAAAUGAAUACAAUUAUUUAUAUGAAAAAAUAGAUGAAAUUGUAUUUUUUUUAGAAUCAGAUAGAGUAAACUUAAAAGAUAUGGAAAGUUUAAAAAAUAAAUGCUUAAAUAUUUAUAACUUAUUUGAUAUAUUAACAAAUUAUUUAAAUAUUAAUGUAUUGUCUGUAUAUAAAAUUUUGAAAAAAAAAACCAAAAAAGAAAGGUUAUCUACUUCUUUAGAUCUAUAUCAAAAAUAUUGCAACAAUCUUCACCAAAUUAGCCAAGAAGAACAUUUCAAUGAAAAAAUAAAAUCCACAUUUUUAUUAAUACAAAAAAAAAUAGGAGAUAAUUGUGAAAAAAUUGAUUUUUUAAAUUUUAAAAUUUAUUUAAAAAGCAAAAUAGAAAAUCUUGGUCAGUAUAGAGGAACUAUAUUUAUUUUGUGCGGAAUCUUAAUUACUUUAAUAAUUAACACAAUCAUUUUAUUAUAUAUUAACAUAAAUGAAAUUAACAUUAAUCUAAUAUUAUCAAUACUCCCCAUAUAUAGAUUAGUAUAUGUUUUGAAUUUUUUCUUUUUAUUUAUUUUUGGCUCCUUUCUUUUCAUGCAGUUGUAUGGCGUCAAUUUUACGUAUAUCCUCGAUUUGAAUAAAAAAAUAGUGGACGAAUAUUACUAUUUAAUAAAUUAUGUCAUAUUUUUGAUUUUUUUAACAACUGUCUCAUUAUUAAUAUUUUUGUUAGACGUUUUAUUUAAGCUUAACAUAUUUUCGAACAUUAUACUUCAUGUUGUUAUUUUGUGUAUAUUAUUGGUGUGUACUACUAUUUUUCCUUUUAAUUUUUAUAAAUAUAAAGAAAAUAAUUUUUUAUUUUCUUCCCUUUCCCGUGUACUUAUGAGUGGGCUUUUUCUAGUAAACAGUGUAAAUCUACUCGACAAUAUAAUGGGAGACAUACUUACAAGUUUAUCAAAAACAUUUUCAGAUGUUCAAUAUAUCAUAUGCUUUUUUUUGAGUGGAAUGGAUACUACUGUUCCUGCAAAAUGCCCAAUAAUCGAGUCAUAUGUUAAUCCAAUAUUUGUUGGCCUACCAUUCUAUUUAAGAUUUUGUCAAUGUUUAAUAAGAUAUAAUAAUGAACGACAAAAAAUACAUAUAUAUAAUAUGCUCAAAUAUAUAUCUGGAAUUUGUAUUGUUAUAUGCACUUCAUUUAAUUGGGGAUAUCUUGGAUUAGAUAUAUAUACAAGCAAAAUUAUUUUAAUAUGUGCAUAUGUUAUUGGAUCGACGUAUAUGUAUAUUUGGGAUGUGUAUUGUGAUUGGGGGCUUUUAAAAGAAUAUAAUUAUUUGUUAAGAAAAAAUAAUAAUUUGAUGUACCCUCCACAAUAUUACUACUUUGCCGGCUUUUUUAAUUUAAUUUUCAGACUAACAUGGGCCAUUACAAUUAUGCCAAUAAAUAUAUUUCCAAAUAAGGAAGUAAAUUUUUUUUUAAUUACCUUUUUUCUGAUGUUUAUUGAAGUUUUAAGGAGAUCAAUAUGGAUAUGCUUUCGGUUAGAAAAUGAACAUGUUACCAACGCGUCACGAUAUAGAGCCAUUUUAUGGGUCCCUAAAAUGACAAAGACAAAGGAGUUUUAA